AUGCGUUCUUUACUACUAAACCUGCUAGUCUGCAUUUUUCGUUUUAAAGUUAGUGACCGUGAAAAAAUUACUUUCGUUAAUGUGACAGUUCAGUGGUAUUUUUAUCACGAACUAGAAACAAUAGAACAAGAAACGGUAGCUUCAUUUGACAAUGUUAAGAAAAUAAUCCCUGACGAGGAACCAGUGUCUGUGACCAUCCACGGUAGCAUUCCCAUCUUGUACGAAAAAUCGGUUUUCGAAGUACCCAAUUUGAUCGCUCUGAACCUCAAUGACGUGGGUUUGAAACAAAUCAAACCAGGAGCUUUUGAAAAUUUGCCACAUUUAAAAUGGCUUAGUCUAAGCGGAAAUAAAUUAACAGAAAUUAAAAGUGAUACUUUUGCCGAUCCAAACCUAUCUUACCUAGACUUGUCAUUCAACUCAAUCAUCCUUCUACAACCAGGAGCUUUCAAGAAUUUCAACGCUGACAUCGUGAUACUCGACAACAACAAACUCACUGAACUUCCAAGUGGUGUUUUCAAAAAUGUCACGCUUGGAAUCUUGAGUUUGAACGGCAAUUUUCUUCACACCAUUGCACCAAAAGCUCUGUCUCCAAUUGGACUGACAAGGUUGGAUCUGUCGAAGAACGAAUUGGAAGAAAUCGAUCCAGAUGUUUUUGACAUGCAGAAAUUAAUAUCACUUGAUUUGGAUGAUAAUUCAAUCAAGCUUCUGCGACCUGGUGAUUUGAUAAACUUACCAGAGUUGAGUGAGCUCAGGCUUGCUCAAAACGAGUUGAAAGAAAUCCCAGACGGUGUUUUCAACAAUACCAAGCUCACUUACUUGAAUCUAAACGACAACAAAAUUGUCAAAAUUGCGAGUAAAGCUUUUGAUGGCAUGUAG